AAACGUUUAAUUAUUCCUCACAUCUAAAUAUAUAUGAUGAAGUAUUUGUUACUUAUUUUUGGUGUCAUCCUCGCUUCUCGAAGAGCAUCGACCUUCACAUUAGCGAACAAGGAAGUGUUUUAUCAAAGUUGCGAGAUUUUCAACAAUUCCGAUAUCUACGAUGGGCUGAUUUGUGGCAGCGAUGGGAUUACCUAUGCAAACAGUAUAUAUUUGGACUGUGUCAAUUAUCAGACGUUUCAAAACGUCGUGCCUGUGCAUUCUGGAGAUUGCUUACCGAUGGACGAUUACUGCAAAAUAAAUCUAUUUUAUCGACCGGUCUGCGGCUCCGAUGGGCGCACGUACACGAACCUGGAAUCACUUUUGUGCGUUAAUUACAAGUAUUCGCUAGAUAUAAUGGUGGUUUCAAAGAACGCGUGCAACGUUAUAGAUCAGUGUUACGGCCAAGAGGCUACAAUGUACGUUUUCAACCCUGUCUGUGCAAAUAAUGGCUUCACGUAUCAAAACGCGGCUCAGGUGAAGUGUUUGCAACGAUUUAACACUGAUCUAAGGAUUCUCCACAAUGGAGGCUGCAGCGUUAAGGAAGUUUACAGCAUUUACGACAGCAUCGAGAAGGUCUGUGACAUUGCCAACAGUAGGUACGAGUGGAAUCCCGUGUGCGCUUCAGAUGGCGUUACUUAUUCCAAUCCUUUUGAAUUCUUGUGUUAUCAAGCUGAUUCGGAAUUGGUCUCGGAUGACGAGUGCGGGAAGAGCACGCAGCAGGUCUCGUGUGCUGACCUCACGACCUUAGACAGUGCCAGUGGGACCAUCACCCGGGAGGACGAGGUUUGCGGAAGCGAUGGCGUCACCUAUCGAAGUAUUCAUCACCUGCAAUGCUACAACAGUCAAAAUAAAUACUUGUCCGUGAAGCGUUCUGGAGCUUGCGUAGAACCGGAGGACGACCCGUGUAUGUCUAUACCCGAGGAAGAUCUUCGACUUCCGGUGUGCGGCAGCGACAAUUUGUCCUACGUGAGCCCAGAGGCUCUGUGGUGCGCGAAAUCGAAGUUCCCAGGUAAAAAGUUGACAUUUGCUUACGACGGGCCUUGCUAGCAUUCUCACGCGAUUAAUCCACCUUUCAUUCGGUUUGCUCUAUCGAAGAUGAAUGACUCGCCUCUGAUGGCUCUUCCUUGAGAAAAUGACUUCAACCUUCAACCCCGUUCGUGUCGAAUAUUCUCUGUCGUUUCCGGUCGUUCACACAUUAAGUCAGAUCCUUUACUACUGUAUUUGAACGAACAAGUCAGAUAAUAUUUGAAUUAUUAAGUCAGUAUUAUAUUAGAUAUGUUGCUGCAACUUUCAAUCUUCCCAUAAAUGUAUAAAAAUCCACUGCAGUCUAACAAACAUCAUCUGACGGGCGUCUUUUAGUUGCUAAGUCCCAAAUUGUUUCGCGCGUUUGCGAGAAUUUCUGUGCCAUUUCGUCCAAUAAAUUUAAAC